AUGAGACGCUACUUCUCCAAAUUCAUUCAUUCGCCAGUUCGAUUCAACCCAUCAAAUUCAUCAAUUCCGGUGAAAUUUGAGACAGGUUCUUAUGCUAGUACCAGAAUUUGUAACCAUUAUUCUACAGAAACUUCUGUAACAUCUUGUGAUCCUUUAUCAGAAGAAAAGGCGAAAGAGAAUUCUGUUUCUGAUAUGUUGGUUGAUUCAUUUGGAAGGAUUCAUACUUAUUUGAGAAUAUCCUUAACAGAGAGAUGUAAUUUAAGGUGUAAGUAUUGUAUGCCAGCUGAGGGUGUGGAGUUAACUCCUACCGCUCAGGUUUUAACGAAAGACGAGAUUCUGCGAUUGGCGGGUCUGUUUGUGAGUUCUGGUGUGAGUAAAAUACGCUUGACGGGUGGUGAGCCGACUAUUAGAAAGGAUAUUGAAGAUUUAUGUUUUGAGUUGUCGGGUUUGAAGGGGUUGGAGACGUUGUCGAUGACUACUAAUGGGAUUGUGCUUGCGAGAAAACUUCCGAAGCUUAAAGAGUGUGGACUUACUUCUUUGAAUAUUAGUGUAGAUACGCUUGUACCGGCGAAGUUUGAGCUUAUGACGAGAAGGAAAGGGCAUAAUAAAGUAAUGGAUUCGAUUAAUGCUGCGGUUGAUCUUGGUUAUAAUCCGGUUAAGGUCAAUUGUGUUGUAAUGCGCGGAUUCAACGACGAUGAAAUCUGUGACUUUGUUGAGCUGACGCGUGAAAAGCCAAUUAAUGUUCGAUUCAUUGAGUUCAUGCCUUUUGAUGGAAAUGUUUGGAAUGUCAAGAAACUUGUACCUUACUCAGAAAUGUUGGAUACAGUGGCGAAACAGUUUCCUAGCUUAAAAAGAGUUCAGGAUCAUCCGACAGAAACGGCCAAGAAUUUCACCAUAGAUGGUCAUAAAGGAAGAGUUUCAUUUAUCACAUCAAUGACUGAACAUUUUUGUGCUGGUUGCAAUAGAUUGCGACUACUAGCUGAUGGAAACUUAAAAGUUUGUUUGUUCGGACCUUCGGAGGUAAGCUUAAGAGAUCCCAUGCGGAACGGUGCAGAGGAUCACGAGCUUAGGGAGAUAAUAAGCGCUGCGGUGAAGAGAAAGAAACCUUCACAUGCCGGUAUGUUUGACAUAGCUAACAGGGUGAAUAGGCCUAUGAUACAUAUUGGUGGAUAA